UGUCAUCCGAGUAGAGUCUCCCGAAGCAGCACUUCACAGAACUGAGGCUGUUGUUAGAUCCCCUGGGCUGUUGACCUGGCACACGGGCGAGAGUUGGCUGCUGAGCAGGCGACAGAGGCAGUAGAGGAGGGCAGGAAACGGCACGCCGAGACCGGCUCAUCCCUCCAACUUUGGCUUUUGCUGUGCCGACUGUAACAGGAGGGAGAAAGAGCUAGGAGGGGAAGGGACGAAAGCAGAGGUGAGAAACUCAACUGGACAACGGGGGUAGCAGCAGCGCGGAGUACAAAAGCCAGCAGAUGCGAACCGGGAGGCCAGAGGAGGAGGAGGAAAAGGCAGGGCUUGAGCAACCUGCUGCUGGGAUUUAGACAAAGGAGGUCUGAGAGGCGCGGGAUCAGAUUCUAAUAUCUGCUGCGGGAGAGAGAGAGAGAGAGAGAGAGAGAGAGAGAGAGAGAGAGAGAGAGAGCGAGCCUUGCUGCUGGAGGGCUCGGGGAGAUGAAGCGGCCGGAACUCGCCGUGCCUGGAGCCUGUACCGCAGCGAGAGCUCCCAGGAAAAAGUGAGUGUGGGGAGCGAUUUGCAGGGCUUGAUGGACUCUUGAUUUCUCGCCCCUCUUGGAGGCAUGCCGCCUUCCGUGCGUUACCUCUUCAUAGUCUCUGCGACUACUGUCAUCGUUUUUAUUGUGCUGUACGUGUUAAGUUUUGGGGGAGACCAAAGCUACCAGAAGCUGAACGUCUCGGACUCCUUGAUGCUGACUCAGGUGUGCGCGUCCUUUAUCAACGCGAAAACCCCUUUCCUGUGGAGAAAAAAACUAAUGAUUCACGAGGAGCCUUCUUGCACAGAAUAUGUGACCCAAAGCCACUAUAUUACCGCCCCUUUAUCUCAGGAAGAGGUCGAAUUUCCUCUGGCGUAUGUCAUGGUCAUCCAUCAUAAUUUUGACACCUUCGCGAGGCUCUUCAGGGCUAUCUUCAUGCCUCAGAAUAUCUACUGUGUUCACGUGGACGAAAAGGCGACAGCUGAAUUCAAAGGUGCGGUGGAGCAGUUGCUAAACUGUUUCCCCAAUGCCUUCCUGGCCUCUAAGAUGGAGCCGGUGGUCUACGGUGGAAUCUCCCGGCUCCAGGCUGACCUGAACUGCAUCAAGGAUCUGUCCACCUCCGAGGUCCCCUGGAAAUACGCCAUCAACACCUGCGGCCAGGACUUCCCCCUGAAAACCAACAAGGAAAUAGUUCAGUACCUGAAAGGCCUUAAGGGGAAGAAUCUGACCCCAGGGGUCCUGCCUCCGGCUCAUGCGAUUGGAAGGACCAAGUAUGUCCACCGAGAGCACCUGAGCAAAGAGCUUUCCUACGUGAUCAGAACGGCCACACUGAAGCCUCCCCCUCCCCACAAUCUCACCAUUUAUUUUGGCUCUGCCUACGUGGCUCUGUCGAGAGAGUUUACCAACUUUGUUCUCCAUGACCCACGGGCGGUUGAUUUGCUCCAUUGGUCCAAAGAUACUUUCAGCCCCGAUGAGCACUUCUGGGUGACGCUCAAUAGGAUUCCAGGAGUCCCUGGCGCCAUGCCAAAUGCAUCCUGGAUGGGUAACCUCAGGGCUGUGAAGUGGAUGGAUAUGGAAGACAAGCACGGAGGAUGCCAUGGUCACUAUGUACAUGGAAUCUGCAUCUAUGGAAACGGAGACUUAAAGUGGCUAAUUAACUCGCAAAGCCUAUUUGCUAACAAAUUUGAACUCAACACGUACCCUCUUACUGUGGAAUGCCUGGAGCUGAGGCAUCGAGAAAGGACACUAAAUCAGAGCGAAACUGCCAUUGAGCCCAGCUGGUAUUUUUGAUCCGAGCAGCCUGGCCUGAAGGGAAAUUGAAGGCGUUAAGAAGAGCCUUCUUCUCCAAGGACUCUUGCCUUAGCCAUGCUAAAGGCUUCAAAAAACUGGUUUUAGGAUGUGCCUACCCGGCUAUGCUUAAAAUAUGGCUGGGUACAGCUGUCCUGGCAUUUUAGCCAGUCUGGCCAUUUCUUUUGAAUGUCUUUUCUUUUCUCCUCCCUCUCAUCCUCUCCCUCCCCUCUUCUCUCUCUGAUCUCUCUCUCUCUCUCUCUCUCUCUCUCUCUCUGUAAGAUAGGUAGGGUCUUGCUAUGAAUCCCUGGCCUGGUUCUUGUCAGGUAGCCCAAGAUGGCCUUGAACUCUCAUCAAUCCUUCCACCCUGAUCCCCCGAGUGCUGCUAUUACAAGUGUGUACAGCCACACCUGGCUCCAAUGCCUGGCAGCCACUUGAUGCUCAUCUUCAUCCUAGUCCACUCCAGUGGUCAAUUACACAUUUAAAUGCACCUGUUAGAAGGUAGGUAACACCGUUUAAGAAAAUCAGAACUUGGUUUAUUUGAGAAGGAAGCUUUCAUACCAUCUCCCUAGCAACUGUGUACUCAGCCACACACGGGCAUAGAGACAGACUUCUGGGAACUCACCAAUCUAUUUAAUCACGAACUGACCUUGGAGAGCUGAGGAACUGUAUAGUUAGUUCAUUGUCCACGCAUUUGACCGACGUUUGUGCAGACUUGGGCUCCAUCUCCAGCAUCAUAAACGGGUCUUGCGAACACUGACGUUUUCAGUUUACUUGUGUCUGAAGCGCUGCGCACGGUACAGAGCCAGUAACCAGCGAUCGACCGCAUGCGCCGUAAGACAGGAAGUGGCUGCAGGAAGAGGGCCUCAGGGAUGCCAGACAUUUCCGUGUCCUGUUGCAGGACGUUCUCGCUCCCACCGAGAACGCUGAAACGUCCUGACAGGAAUGAAGGACUUCUUUCUUUCCCACAGGAAAGGUGCUAUUGUGUGGGUCUGGAACCUGCGAAUGACUCACUUCUGGGGUUCCGUUUCCAUGUGAGAGCUGGGGGACCCACUUCUGUUGCACACGGCUUCAACCACACCGGGACGGCCUCCGAGUAGCUCGCAGCCAUCGGUGCCCACGAGAGCCCCGCGUGGUAGGUGGACACCCGUGUCCCUUUCCACUCGUUCUCUCGGUCAUUCGUUCAGCCUGCCAUCAGCAACCGCCUCUGGGAGGUCUGUGAUCCUCCAGACACGUGCUCACCGGCACACAAGGGCAACAAGACAGAUGCUUUCUCCACGGUGAAAGUCUUGGGGACUGGAAUCAACUUUUGAAAUCCUGCUCUGGGGUCUUACAGAAUGACUACACCUCACACGUACCCUGGCCUAACUAUAUAUUACAUCAGGCCAUAGUGAUCAGUAAUUUAUUAAUAGAUUCAUCCAGAGAUGGGGGGGGGCAGGGGGACGACAAAAGCUAAAGCCUGUUGUGCCCCCUCCGGCUCCUCCUUGUCUCGUUUUAUUCAGAACUUGGUCCCCACCUCCCCCUUCCCCACCCCCGGUUACUUCAUCGCUCAGAUGAUGUAACAAGCCUUAGGAUGGUUUAUGAUUGUUAGGAAGCAAAUUCUAUGGAUUUGGGUUGCCUUUCUGCUCCUUUCAGCUCAUUUCCUUAGGGCUGUGGAGAGAAGGUGGAGUUUAAGAAUGGUCUCAGUGUCAAUAUUGAGAAAAAGUUCUGUCAGGAUUUAAUGGGGGGGGGGGGGUCCAUGCUUCCAUGCCUGACAACUGGGUUCAAUUCCUGGAACCCACAUGAUGGAGGGAGAGAGUCCACUCCCAAAAGUGACUCCCCAACCCCCACACGUGUCGCAUUGGUCACCCCACCCACCAAACACACACACACACAGAUGGAUAAGUGCAGUUUAUUAAAUGUGAUUAUCCUUACUAGCCCCGUUGUGUUUAUAAAUCCUUACUUGUUCUAGUGGAAACAACAACAUCACACUUGCUUUAAAUGAUGUCACUUACCACAAUUUCAUUAUUGUGCUGUAAUUGUACCUGCUGAAUGUUAAUCAUCUUUAAAGGGAAUCACUUUCAUGUAAAACUGUUUUUGUUUUUGUUUUUUUAUCCUACUGAAAGAUAAAAUGGGGUUGAAUCGGGUAGUAAAGGGGCCGAAAGGUAGGAUGCGCCAGGUGAAGGCAAAGUCUAAGCCGGGUCUCUCGUUCGAUUGUCAUGUGAUGAUAGCACCUGAAGAGAAAUGUUUUACACUGGAUCUCUCAUGGAAAAUGAGAACUUAUUCUGGAGUAGAAGUUUACAUGCCCAUUGCUGGUCACCUCUGUAUUAUAAAGACUUUAAUAUGGGAAGAGAAUAGCAGUUUAGCUAGUGAGCUAGCGCUGAAGGUACCCUCACCUACUGUAUCCGUUUUUGGUUUCGAUGAUGUUUUCUGGUUUUGUUUUCUUGGAAAUAAAUUAAUAUAUUGUUUUCCACCUUC